UCCCCUGCCCCCCAGCCCCCCUCCUCAAGCCUCCUUUCCCCUCCAGCUCAGCCCAUCUGCUGGCGCCUGGGCACCUGUCUGGGCCUGCCCAGGUGGGAGUUGGCACCUCCCAAACUCAGGGGUGGGGGCAGGUGGGGGAGCUUGGGGAGGAAUUAUGGGACUCCCUUUAGGGAAUGCUUCACCCUGGAGAAAGCCCAGAAAAGGUUGACCAGCAACAGGGAAAUGGCAAGUCCCUGCAGCCUGAAGCCUGUACAGCCAUGCCACGCUGCCCCUGAGAGUCUAGAAAGCUGGUCACUAACUUUGCAGACGGAUGAACCCUGAGCACCCAGAGGAGACUGGGGCUGUCAACGCUGCCCCUUGUCCUGCCGGCUUGGAUCCCCUGACAGGGUCCUUCUAGGCUUCAGACUGGAACCCUGACCAUGGAACCCUGAAGUGGCAGUGACUUCUAAAGCUCAGUGGCAGACCCCACGACCCCAGGCCCUUCCUCCCCCUCCCACCACCAGCUUUCAAGCUCCCAGAGGGAGGGGUGGGGAGGGGAUCCUGAUCUCACAGGGCAGGGGGCUUCCAUCAUGAUGCUAAACUCAGACACCAUGGAGCUGGACCUGCCGCCCACACACUCAGAGGCUGAGUCGGGCUUCAGUGACUGUGGGGGCGGGGCGGGCCCUGAUGGUGCCGGGCCUGGGGGCCCGGGAGGGGGCCAGGCCCGAGGCCCAGAGCCGGGAGAGCCUGGCCGGAAAGACCUGCAGCAUCUGAGCCGCGAGGAGCGCCGACGCCGGCGCCGCGCCACAGCCAAGUACCGCACGGCCCACGCCACGCGAGAGCGCAUCCGCGUGGAAGCCUUCAACCUGGCCUUCGCCGAACUGCGCAAGCUGCUGCCCACGCUGCCCCCCGACAAGAAGCUCUCCAAGAUUGAGAUCCUGCGCCUGGCCAUCUGCUAUAUCUCCUACCUGAACCACGUGCUGGACGUCUGAACUCGGCCUGUCUCCCACCUCCCGGGCCUCUCUGGGGCCCCUUUCCACCGCUCACUGCUUAGAAAGGCCGCAUCCUCCUUCCCGAGCCCUUAUACCUUGGCAUGGAGUCCCAAAGGCCCUGGGCCCAGGCAGGGAGCCCACCGGCUGGUCAUGAGGGCAUCUUUCACUGACCCAGGCACCUCGAGGGCUAUUCUCCUGGGUUCCUUCCGGGGUUUAUUGCUGAGGCCCAGCUGUGCAGAAUUGUUUGCUAGUGUGGUUGGUAUGGAAUCCUUGCUGGCUUUAGUAAGCCAGCCGCACUUGGAGUCUGCCCCCAAGCUCUCUCACGGAAUGCUGCCUCUUCCACCCCUAUGUCCAAAUUUUCAGCGACCACAGACCCCAGCUGUGUAUCCUAUCUGUUCUAGCUUCUCCUGCCCAUGGUGGGGAUGGGCUGUCAGAAAUGCAAGGGAGGAAGGCUGGGGUUAGAGUGGGGAGUGGGCUGCUUCCUCCAAGAUCUCAGUCUCUCAGUGCUUGGCAGAGGGAUGGGGCCCUGGGGAGGCAGGAGUUGCUGCUUUGACUCCUGUGAGGGGAAUCUCAGUAGCUGGCAAUUAUGGAAAAACUCUUCCUGUUUCUGUCCAUCUUGUUCCUGUGGCUUAGCACAUACAGACCUCAGAUCUUACUUGGUAGUGAGUGCCUUGCCCUCUUUGAGCUAUUUGGCCACUUCCCUGUCCCUCUGACUCCCACUGUCCCAAUUUUCUCCUUCCCUGUGUGUCACUAGAGAGAAAAAAAAAAAAAAAAAAACCUAGAUCCCGGAUUAGGGGAUGACAUCCCAAACAGCCCGGAGUAUUUGCAGAAGGCUCAGGCAACAAGUGGGCCACAUCUCACUUCUGCUUCCUCAUCUCAGCCCACCCUGAAAAUGUGCACCACCCUCGCUGGUUCCUCCCCCUGACGCAAGGAGGAUGCCCAGUUGUUUCCCUCUGGGAAUGCUCAGUUCUCCUGGCCCUAGGACCUACUUAUUACAUUUUUUUUCUCUUUCCUUGAGCUGCCUUUGGCAAGGGAAGAGACCCCCAACUCUGCGCCCGUACUCCAUGUUGCUGAUCCCCACCUGCACACUAUAGCCCAGGGUCAGCAGUAGAAUGAAGGGCCUUAGAACAUGCAUAGAAGAAAUGAACUCACUGCAUUUCUGUGCUCCCUCCUCCCUCGCACCAAACUCCUAGCUCUACACGUAUAUUUAUUUAUUUAUGUAUUUAUUUAUUCAUCUAUUUAUUUACUUAUUUAUUUAUUUAUAAAUAUUGCUAUUUAUUGCCGAGUUGUGCACUUUGGGGUAGAGUGAGGGGCUCCCAGCAGCUCUAGCCGGGUCUCUCUUGCUUCCUCCCUGCUUACUCCUUUCCUUUUCUUGCUCCUUCUUCAACACCUGGUGUGUGUGAGCAUGCCCUUUGCUCGCCACACCAUAUCCUUUCCCCAGAUCCACCUGUCCUGACACUCUAGUCCUCCAGGAUAGUGCUCCUCUCCCAGCGCCGGGGCUCCUGGGUGUCCUUCCUCAACUCCCUCCACCCCUAGACAAUCUCACCCUAUCCCAUCUGCCUCUUUUCUCUCCCCAGCCUGCCCUGUGACUCUUGCCUCUUCCUGAUACUCCCAAGAGCAGGCCCCAGGGGUCUGUGUCAUAUAUCUCUGUGCGAUUCCUUCUGGUUGCAUUCCCAAUUUCAUACAAAAAGAAAAAUAAAAGUGACCUCGUUCUA